AUGCCUAGAGGGAAGAAGAGUAAGGCACGUGCUCGUGACAAAAGACACCAAGACAGAGAUCAGCUCCAGCAGCUCAAAGAUGCUCAGGGCAGUGGAGCACAGGAAACAGAGUCAUCCUCACCAUGUGCUCAAGUUUCGGCAGCUACUGAUUCCAGCACAUCUACUGCUGGCCCCACCCAGAAGCCUCAGGAAGCUGUGCCCACCAUCACUGCUGGUGCAGGUGUGGCCGGCCAAGGGCCUGCUAAAGGGGCUAAGGGCCUAGGGGAGGGAAUGCCCAGUUCCUCCAGGGCUCCCUUCUCCAAUUUGAUCCCCAAGAAUGAUCUCAUAACACAGAAGUCAGAAGCGCUGAUCAAUUACAUCCUCUGCAAGUACAAAAUGGAGCAGCCACUGCUGAGGGCAGAAAUGGUGAGAGUUAUCAACAAAAGGCUCAGGGAGAAAUUUCCUGAGAUUCUCAAAAAAGCCUCUGAUCACUUGGAGGUGGUUUUUGGCCUUGAGUUGAAAGAAGCCGAGCCCAGUGGUAAAUCCUUCAUCCUUGUCAGCAAGCUAGAUUUCAAGGAUGAUGGAAGAAAGAGAAGCGAGCUGGGCCUCCCCACCAUGGGCAUUCUGGUCCCUGUCCUGAGUAUCAUCUACAUAAAUGGCAGCAGUGCACCCGAGGAAAAGAUCUGGAAAUUCUUCAAUAACAUCGGGAUCUAUGACGGAGGCUCUCACAUCAUCUUUGGGAAUGUCAGGAAGCUCAUCACCCACGACCUUGUGCAAGAAGAGUACCUGGAGUACCGGCAGGUUCCUGGCAGCGAUCCUCCCAGCUACGAGUUCCUGUGGGGCCCCCGUGCCCAUUCUGAAACCAGCAAGAAGAAAGUCCUGAACUUUUUGGACAAGGUCAAGGAGUUUUUUCCCGAAUUCAACCCACUGCCACCCCCGGGUGAUGAGGUUUGUUGGGAAGAGGAAGAGGAAGAGAAAGGCCAAGCUAAAGCUAAAGCCAAGGGUGGUGGUAAGGGCAAGGCCAAGGCCAAGGCCAAGGCCCAGGCCAAGGCACGUUCUAAGGCAAGGAGUGCCGUCCUAUCCAGGAGUGAGAUGUAA